AUGUCUCUCAAACCUCAGGUUUUGGAACAUUUGAACGUCGUCAGUGCUAACGCUGGUGCGCUCCAUGCAUCAUCAAGUGUCUCUGGCAUCCUACUCGGGUGCUUAGUAGUUCAGAGCUACGUAUAUUACAAAAAGCACUAUGAUGACCCUCUGGGGGUGAAGAUUUUGGUUGUGACAUUGGUCACCUCCGAAAUAGCUCAGCAGCUUUGCAUGAUCGACGCAGACUAUACAUUGGCCAUCUCGAACUGGGGCAACCCCACGAUAUUCUUCCGUUUACCAGCAUCAUUGUGGGCCACCAUCGUCAUCAGUGUUUUGAACUCGCCAUUGGUGGAGUCCUUUUAUUUUUGGCGCAUCUACAAAAUCAGUCAACGAAUGUGGCCGAGUGUCAUUGGUACUUUUUUAUCUUGGCUUCGUUGCGCUGGAUGGCUUGUGUUCGCUAGUACCGCCGCUCAGCAAGGCAGUUUGACCCCCGGAUUUAUUGAUGACAAGUCCUGGCUCAUUAUCACGCUUGUCGCAUUUGGCCUUGUCACCAAUGGCUUCCUCGCAGCGGUCAUGGUUUAUUACCUCAUCCGCAACAGACACACGCCGUUCCGCAGAAUGGGUGUACCCCCCAGGACCAAACUGUUAAUUGACCGCCUUAUUAUGUGGACCGUCCAAACCUCCAUCAUCACUGGGUUGGCAUACGCGGCUACACUCAUUUUGUUCAUUACCCUCAGAAAUACUCUUAUCUGGUUCGGUAUCCUGGCCUGCACCACUAAAGUUUGUGCAAACUGCCUGCUAUCGUCAUUGAACGACAGGGCAAAGAUCAGAGUUCAUACAAAGUCCGAAGCCCUCUCGAGCUCGGACGUGCCUAUGCAGCCGCAGAGCAGGCGACUUGCACUACCGCUAGCAAAGAAGACAAAUUGGUGA